AUGCCAAACUCGGUACAUCUGGCGCCAACAGGCAGCGGACAGCAGAAGAAGGCGAAAUGGGGCACGCGAGAGCCGAAAUCGGGCAACGAGAAGGGAAAAGGCGAGAAGCCGUCGAACGAGAGACUUCUUUCCGCCGAAAAGCUGUCGGAUCUGGUCGUCAAGAAGAAGAUCGCGAUGACUAAUGCGACUGGCAAGAGGAAGAAGGUGGGACUCGCUCAAAACACGACUAUAUCUCAGCUGCCAGUGAAGAUAUCGAAAAGUUGUCAACUGAAACGUUGUUCAUCGAAAAAUUGUGCACAUUUUAUCAGUUGAACACUUUUCGCCAUUUUCACCGGCCACUGAGAUACAGCGCGUUGAACCAUCACUUUAGGAGAAGGCUGAAAAGGAGAAAGUGGUGCCGGAGCCGCCGAAAAAGUCGUUGCGCCGUCGAGUUCUGUCCAAAGAGAAGCCGUCCAGCUCUUUGCAGGCGCCCAGUGACAAUAAGGUUGGGCAAAAUCGACAAUAUCACUCAAAUUCGACGCAAUUUCAGUCGGAUAUAGUGGAGGUGGUGUCGAAUGAUGAGAAGUCGAUGGACAAAAAGCGAUCGAUCGAGCCGUCGAAAGAGGACGGAUCCAAGGUGGAGGCGAAGAUCGAGGUGAAGAAGAAGAAGAAGAAGGAGAAGGAGACGAAGCCGGCGAAAAAUGUGAAGCCGCCGCCGGUGCCGAUCGAGGACAAGUUCAACAUGCAACUCGCGCAGAAGUUCUUCAAGCAAAUGCUCGAAUCGAAAAAGAGUAGCAAGCAGACGUUUAGCAGCGAUUUGGUGAGUUGUGUGUCGAGAUACGCAAAAGUGGUCAACUGAGCAAAUACUCUUGAACACAUUGGCUACAUUUCAUCAGUUGACCGCUUUUUGAUAUCUCCACCGGCAGCCGAGAUAUACAGAGUUUGAGGGCAUGGAGACAAUGCCGGAACCGUCGGACAUUCGAAUGUCGUUGAAGGCGGCGAAAAAGAAUCGGAAAAAGCAUGCGAAAACGUCGCGGAAGCCGCUGGAUCGCAACAUUUUCAAACCGAACGGCGAGCCGGUGUGGGUGGUGCACGAUUCGAGCACGGAAGUGAUCACGGAGGACGGCGUCAAAACGAGAUACCCCGAGUUGUUGGCCGCGUUGGAAGAGGACAAUCUCGAGAUGGACGACACGAAACAGUGGUGCAGGAUGGUGAACGGCUUCCUCGACGGUCUCUACACAACGGGCAUGAUCAAGGAGGUGCCCGAGUUUGAUCCGUACGCGCCGUACGACGAAAUAAUGGAACGAUCGGAGAUGCUGAACCGGAAAGAGUCGGUCAUCUAUUAUACAAUGUGCAAUUUGUUGUGUCUUUGCAAAGGUGGGUAAAGUGUUUUCGUUGAUCGACUGGGACCACACACGUGAUUCUCACAGCCGCGAUGGAUCGUUUCGAUUUGCACAAGGAUGAGAAUCCGCGAGAGAAAUGGAUGCGAAUUCAGGAGGAACGGUUGCGGGCAAUGAAAAGGGAGGAGGAGGAGGAGCGCACCGCAAUCGUCACUUCGAUCCGAUUCAAUAUGGAGGGCACGUUCAGCAUCAGUUAUGAUGUACGUGAUAUCGCCUCUUAAUCGACGACCGCGCGCCCCACAAUAUCGCCAAUUUCCAGAGACGUCGUCCGAUCAUGUCGAUCCAAAAGUUCCGCAAAAAGUACCAGAACCGUCUGCGCGUGUCCGCCGAAAAAUGCUCGCGUGAGAAUGGAAAAUGA